AUGCCUUGUCUUCCUGACUACAUUCUCCAUGCCCAUAUUUUUGUCAUAUGCGAGUACUUCACAUAUCACUUGAUUCUUAUGAUUUCCUUCACUGGGCUGGUAUCUUUUGAAGUGUUAGCAUUUGUCGGAUUCCUCAUCUACAACUCUAUCCAACAAUUACUCAAAAAACAAAUAUCAAAACGAACUUUUAAAAUGCAAAAGAAGUUUUUCAUCGCAUUAAUAAUCCAGAUUGGCGUUCCGAUGAUAAUGCUCCUAAUCCCAUUUCUCUACGAGUGGAUGUCCAUUAUGUUCAAUUAUUACAACCAGUCUUAUAACAACUUGUCGAUGAUUACUGAAUCAAUGUUGUCGAUGAUUACUGAAUCAAUGCCUAGUGUCAACUAUUGUCACACUCUCAGUGCAUAA